GUUGUGGCCAAAUUAAGACUCAGGAUCACCUCAGAGUGGAUGAAAACGACCCAACAGCACACAAUGUUUAACUGAGUGUUAAGAUGAAAACAGCAUGACUGUGCAGAAAAGUGCUGACAGUGGGGUUCGAGCUGUGCUUUAAGUUAAUGCAGAGAUAUAUUAAACCGUCUGAGACGAGGAUCGAGAGAAGAAGACAUGGAGAAAACAACCACAGACACGUCAGCUGAGGUGCUGAAGGUGAUAGAUCUGAGUUCUGGAGACUCUCACAGCGCUGGAAUCAAGCCAAUAACCUUUGUCAGACAGGUCAUCACUGGAUGUUUGUAUCCCAGGAUCCUACAGGGUGACACGCUUCCUCCUGACGCUCGACAGAGAGCUCAAACACUCCUACAGCAGCUGGAUGGAGGAAGCGCAGGAUCGUACACUGAGUCCUGUGGAUCGAUGUAUGUGAGAAACACCAUCGCCAGGUCUAUUUCUCUGCGGGACGGAGGAGUGUUGUCCCGUCCUGAUGGAGUCUUCAUCACUGCGGACACACAGAGGGCAUUAAUGGUGAUGCUGCGUCUGCUGUGUCAGUCAGAGGGCGUGUCUGCAGUCAUGAUUCCAGACCCCGCCCCUCACACUCUGGCACGCCUCAUAGACCGGGUGGGCAUAGCAUCAGUGCCCUAUCGGCUGCAGGAGACGAGUGGGUGGAGCUUGGAGAGGGCGGAGCUAAACAAAGCUAUACAGGCCUCCAGGGUGCGGUGCUCUCCUCAAGCUAUUUACAUCAGCAACCCUGGCAACCCUACAGGUGCAGUUCAGAGUCGCGAGAGCAUCGAGGACGUGAUUCGAUUCGCUCAUGUUGAACGACUCUUCCUAUUAGUCAAUGAGGGAUUUAGUUUGCUCAUGUUGGUUUUCUGUGUUGUCUUACAGGAGUAUCAGAACACGGUGUUUGCGGACGGAUGUGAGUUUGUGUCCUAUAAGCGAGUUCUGGCUGAGAUGGAUGAGGGGUUUUCACAGAGCGUUCAGCUGGCCUCGCUGCAUUCACUGUCCAACGGCAUCAUGGGAGAGUGUGGUUUGAGGACCAGUUUUAUGGAGCUGGUGAAUCUUGAUGAAGACGUUAUGUUAUACACUGAAGUGCUCCUGACUGGAGAUUUAUGCCCUGCUGUGAUUGGUCAGAUCGCUCUUGAUGUCAUGAUGGCUCCGCCCCAUCCUGGAGACCCCUCCUACAGUUUAUACAUCGAGGAGGUGUCGUCUAGGCUGAAGACUCUGCAGUGUAACGUGUCGAGGGCUGUCAGUUUCAUCAAUGAUCUCCCAGGAUUCAGCUGUCAAUCAACUCAGGGCGGAGUCUUCAUCUGCCCACAGCUGAGUCUCCCUCACUCUACACACACACACUCACAGCCUAUGGGCUUGUUGUACAGCAGGAGGUUGUUGGAGGAUCAGGGUGUGUGUGUUGGGUUCAGCGAAGAUCACACACAUUCACACUGCUGCCACUUCAGGUUGUGUGUGUUGAUGCCAUCAGAUGAACUGGAGGAAGUUCUCCGUCGUCUUCAAUGUUUCCACCUAAAGUUCCUCCAGGAAUACUGAACACACCCUCUCAGUGAAGCUCAACAGAGGAGUCAGAUCUGUACACAGGGCUGUUCUUCAGAGCGAUUUUGAUGAAAGUCUGCAUGAACCAGAAGCUGCGACCAUUUUUUUUUCCCGUAUUGUGACACAGCUCCUAGAGAAACUAAACAUUAAAUGAGAAAACAGUGGGCGUGGCUUGUUGUUUCUGAUUGGAUGUAGUAAAGUAGGCGUGUCAUUCAGAAAGAUGGGGGGAAA